ACUUGGUGUUUGUUGGACAAAGAGAGAUCUGAGUUUUAUAAAGUAAAUAAAAACUGGAGCAUGUAAAAUAUAAUUAUAGAACAAGCUGCUGCCUGCUCCUGUGUCGGCUGGAGGAGAACAACUUGUAAAUGUUGAUAAUCAGCUGUUUUGAGUAAAAUGAUCAGGUUCUCCUGUUUGGACACACCUGGUGGAUUCCCACCUGAACAAACAGCUACACACACACACCUGUUCCUGUUGGGUUCCAGGUACUGAAUAUUUCAUCAGUCUGAUCACAUGGUCGGGUCUGAAUGAAUUAACGCUGCAGGCUCAGGUUGUCACCAGUUCCUGCAGCUCCACGAAGGACAAGGAUUCAAACCAACGACUCGGGAGGCAGACGAGACGGAGCAGCCUCCGGAUUCUGGUCCUCUACAACAAACCUCAGACCAGAGGUCCCAGGAGCUCCAGAGGAGUUCCAAAUCAUGACAAACACCUCAGGAAGCUGCUAAACAUCUGCAGGUGAACACCAGGUGAGGAGAUGGGGGCGUGGCUUGCUCGGGUGUCUGUUAGUGAUGCCUGGUUCAACAUGUACUCCCGCCUGCUGCGGACCAAAAUGGUGGACUCCAUGGCUCACGGUUCCGAUGACCUCACUGAGCUGGCUGAGGGCUCGGCGGUUGGGCUGGCCAAGGUUCUGACCACGCUGGACCUGGUGUCGCUAGGGGUGGGAAGCUGCGUGGGAACAGGGAUGUACGUGGUCACCGGAUUGGUUGCCAAGACGAUGGUGGGGCCAGGGGUCAUCCUGUCCUUCAUCAUUGCAGCGGUGGCAUCGAUUCUGUCAGGCGUGUGCUACGCUGAGUUUGGAGUCCGGGUUCCUAAAACCACCGGCUCGGCCUACACCUACAGCUACGUGACGGUCGGGGAGUUUGUGGCCUUUUUCAUCGGGUGGAACCUGAUCCUGGAGUACCUGAUCGGUACAGCCGCGGGGGCGUCAGCCCUCAGCAACAUGUUUGACUCUCUGGCCAAUCACAGCAUCAGUAACUUCAUGAUCACACACCUGGGCACGCUCAGAGGACUCGGUAAAGGUGAGGACACGUACCCGGACGUUCUGGCCCUGUUCAUCGCGCUGCUGGCCACGGUGAUCAUCGCGGUCGGCGUGAAGAACUCCGUGAGAUUCAAUAACAUCCUAAAUGUGGUCAACCUAGUCAUCUGGGUCUUCAUGAUCAUCGCGGGACUCUUCUUCCUGUCAGCCAGCAACUGGGGGAGUGGAAAGUUCCUGCCUUACGGCUGGUCGGGGGUGAUGCGAGGAGCAGCAACAUGUUUCUACGCCUUCAUUGGCUUCGACAUCAUCGCAACAACAGGAGAGGAAGCAAAGAACCCCAACACCUCCAUCCCCUACGCCAUCACCGCCUCACUGGUCACCUGCCUCACCGCCUACGUGUCGGUGAGCGUGAUCCUGACCCUCAUGGUUCCCUAUGAUCUGAUCGAUGGGUCGGCUCCCCUCAUGGAGAUGUUUGCCGUCCACGGCUUCCUGUGGGGGAAGUACACGGUUGCGGUUGGCGCCAUCGCUGGACUCACCGUCUCACUGCUGGGCUCCUUGUUCCCGAUGCCCAGGGUCAUCUACGCCAUGGCCCGGGACGGGCUGCUGUUCAGGUUCCUGACACACGUGUCGACGCUCACACACACUCCUGUCCUGGCGUGUGUGGUGUCGGGAGGCUUUGCCGCCGUCCUCGCCCUGCUGGUGAGCCUCAGGGACCUGAUUGAGAUGAUGUCCAUCGGUACACUCCUGGCGUACACACUGGUCAGCGUGUGUGUGUUGUUACUGCGCUACCAGCCUGACGAUCACACCGACACGCACCAGUUCAACUCGGAGGACGACGUGGACAACACGAAGCAUCUGGAGGAGGAGCCCACCGAGGAUAACCACACCCUGAUGGAAGGGGACGAUAAGGACAGGUCUUCGUACCACACUGGAGGGACUGAAGGGGAGGCGGAUGACUCGGGAUUCCACACAGGCCACACCCCCCUGCUGAAGAGGCUUCUGGGAGGUCAUUACUACACCCUGAGAGUCCGGUUGGGGAUGCCUGAUUCGUCAGCGCGUCCCACCCCUGCCACCGGCCGUGUAGUGACCAAAUGCACACUCUCUCUCUUCGUCUUGUCCUUCCUCCUCUGGUCCACCGUCGUGUUUGGCGUUGAGCAGGGCUCGGGGUUUGGGGCGGUGUUUUCAGGCCUCAUGGCCACCGUGAUGAUGGGAUCGUUGGUAAAACUUUUGAUUCUGAUCAUCCAACAGCCAGAGAGUACGCGAAGGCUGCCCUACAUGGCGCCAUGUGUGCCCUUUGUUCCUGUAGCGGCCAUAUUGGUCAACAGCUACCUCAUGCUCAAACUAUCUCCUCUCACCUGGGCCAGAUUCACCGUCUGGUGCCUCAUAGGUCUGCUGAUCUAUGGUUGCUAUGGAAUUUGGCACAGCACCCUGGAGCUGAGCGCCCGCGAGCAGCAGGCCCACGCCAGCUCCUACCGCCGUUACGAC